AUGGGACUGGUAGUUGAUGUGGCCAUUGAAAACGCGAAUGCAGUUUAUGGAACCCAACUGGAGGUGACAACGGAUACAAUACCAUUUGGAAAUUCUUUUAUGGGCUAUAAUACUCUAUGCGGAAUGAUGGAGAAUGGCAUUGGCGCGGUGAUGGGCCCAUCUUCCAGACACACCGCUUUCCACCUAAUGUCCAUAUGCGAUGCCAAAGAUAUUCCAUAUUUUUAUUCCUUUAUGGGUGAUGCUGCUGAAGCUUUUAAUUUAUAUCCAAGUUCGGAGGAUAUUGGAAAAGCCAUACACUCGUUGCUGACCGCUUUUGAAUGGAAUAAUUUCAUAUUUCUCUAUGAAUCUUCGGAAUAUUUGAAUAUUUUAAAUGCUCUUAUGGCUGAAUAUGUACCCAGCGAGGCACCGAUAAUAACCGUACUACGCUACGAUAUUGGUUACGAUGGUAAUUAUAAGGAUGUUUUGAGGAGGGUGCGCAAGUCACCGGAUAAACAAAUUGUGGUGGUUGGUUCAACGGAAACCAUGCCGGAAUUUUUGAAACAGGCCCAACAAGUUGGCAUAAUUAAUGAAGACUUCAAAUAUAUCAUUGGCAAUUUGGACUUCCAUUCCUUCGAUUUGGAAGAAUUCAAAUAUAGCGAAUCGAAUAUCACCAGUCUGCGCAUGUUUUCACCUGACAAUCCAAUUGUUCAACAAAUUAUGACCAAAAUGGAAUAUCCUUCAAUAAGUGAGGGAUUUCAGAAUGGUUCCUGUCCCAUAACCAUGGAAAUGGCUCUGACCUAUGAUGCCAUACAAUUGUUUGCUGAAACCACCAAGCAUAUUCCUUUGAAUCCUGAACCGAUUAAAUGUUCCGAACAUAGUGAUAGUGUGGCUACAGAUGGUUCAACAUUCAAAAAUUUCAUGAGAUCUAUGAAAAUGGAAGCCAAUACCAUAACGGGUGAAAUAUAUUUUGAUGGUAAUGUUCGCAAAGGUUUUACAUUUGAUAUUGUCGAAUUGCAGCCAUCAGGUGUGGUUAAAGUUGGAACCUGGAACGAAGAUGAUGGCUACAGUAGCCAACGAUUGGCACCGACCACAGCUCUCUAUGAUUCCAAUGAUAAUUCUUUGGCAAAUAAAACUUUCUUGAUUUUGUUAUCCGUGCCGAAUAAACCCUAUGCCAGCAUUGUUGAAUCUCACAAGAAACUGGUGGGCAAUAAUCAAUACGAAGGAUAUGCUGUGGAUUUGAUCAAAUUCUUGGCAGCUAAAUUGGGUUUCAAUUACACCUUCAUACCCAGUGGAAAUGAUUAUGGCACGUACAUCAAGGAGACAAAUACUUCCACAGGCAUGCUUAAAGAAAUUAUGGAGGGGCGUGCCGAUUUGGCCAUAUCCGAUUUAACCAUUACCUCCGAGAGACAGGAGGCCAUUGAUUUUACCACACCAUUUAUGAAUUUGGGAAUUUCAAUUCUCUUCACCAAACCCCAGAAGGAUACUUCCUCCAUUUUCUCCUUUAUGGAUCCUUUCAAUAACGAUGUAUGGCAAGCUUUGGGUUUAUCAUUUAUUGGAGUCUCGUUGUCGUUCUUUAUAUUGGGCCGCUUGGCGCCAUCGGAAUGGGAUAACCCCUGCCCGUGCAUUGAAGAACCCACCGAAUUGGAGAAUCAAUUUACUUUGAGUAAUUCGAUAUGGUUUACAACGGGUGCUUUAUUGCAGCAGGGUUCAGAUAUUGCCCCAAAAGCUCUUUCGGUCAGAACUGUGGCCUCCAUAUGGUGGUUCUUUACUUUGAUUAUGGUCUCUUCCUAUACCGCCAAUUUGGCUGCUUUCUUGACAGUGGAAACACCAAAGGUUUUAAUUGAAAAUGUCAAGGACUUGGCUGCCAACAAGGAAGGUGUGGUAUAUGGCGCCAAGCGUACUGGUUCCACAAGGAAUUUCUUUUCGACCUCCACCGAUCCAACAUAUAAAAUUAUGAAUGAGUUUUUAACGAAAAAUCCCCACCUCCUGACGGAAUCAAAUCAAGAAGGUGUGGAAAAUGUAAAAAAGAAUAAUCGUUAUGCAUUUCUUAUGGAAUCCACUUCAAUUGAAUAUCACACGGUAAGGGAAUGUAAUCUGGCGAAAGUGGGACAAACAUUGGAUGAAAAGGGUUAUGGCAUUGCAAUGAGAAAAAAUUGGGCCUAUAGAGAUAAUUUUAAUCACGCCCUACUGGAACUACAGGAACAAGGCGAAUUGGAAAAACUAAAACGGAAAUGGUGGAGAGAAAUGGGAGCAAAUUUAUGUUCGACCAAACAAGAACAGGCUGAUGCUGCCCCCUUGAAUAUGGAGAAUUUAGGCGGUAUUUACAUUGUUCUCAUUGUGGGUAGUGGUAUGGCAAUGAUACAUGGCAUUAUCAGUUGGAUAUUGUUUGUUAUACGCAAAGCACGAAGUCAUAAGGUACCAUUGAAAGCCGCCUUCAAAGAGGAAUUUAAAUUUGUUUUGGAAUUCACAACAUAUACACGUGACUUGAAAUCAUCCAAUUCGAUUUAUUCGCCCAGUCGUAAUUCAUCUUGUACCAUUGAAUCCCUGGAAGCUGAAAAUUCCAUUGAAAUGAAUUGA